GGCAGCGCCGUCAUCGCUAUGAGCCGGGCGAUGGCGGCGGGGCUGGCGGCGGAGCUGGGCCGGGCGGGCGCUCUGCGCUUCGGGGACUUCGUGCUCAAGAGCGGCCUCACCUCGCCUGUCUACAUCGACCUGCGCGGCCUCGUCUCCCACCCGCGGCUUCUGCGACAGGUGGCAGAUCUUCUAUUCCAGACAGCCAAAGAUGCUGGCCUCAAGUAUGACUGUGUGUGCGGCGUUCCUUACACAGCACUGCCAUUGGCCACAAUUAUCUGCUCUGAAAAUGAGAUUCCAAUGCUUAUACGGAGGAAGGAAGCAAAAGACUAUGGUACUAAGCGGCUGGUGGAAGGCACCAUUAAUCCGGGAGAAACAUGCUUGAUCAUUGAAGAUGUGGUAACAAGUGGAUCUAGUGUACUGGAAACUGCAGAAGUUCUUCAGAAAGAAGGAUUAAAAGUCACAGACGCCAUAGUGCUGUUGGACAGGGAGCAGGGUGGGAGGGGCAGGUUAGAGGAACGUGGAAUUCGCCUGCACUCCGUGUGCACCUUGUCUGGAGUGUUGGAAAUUCUUCAGCAGCAGGGGGAAGUGGCUGCUGAGAUGGUUGAAAAGGUGAAGAAAUUCAUUCAAGGAAGUGUGUUUGAGCCGCUGGGUCAAAACGGCCCUACUCCUGUGAAGAGGCUGUGUAAAGAGCUGAGCUUCAGUGCUCGUUCUGAGCUGCCGGGGGUGCAUCCUAUUGCAGCCAGGCUUCUCACACUCAUGGAAAAGAAGCAAACAAACUUGUGCCUUUCUGCUGAUGUUACCAGCUCCAAAGAGCUGCUGCAGUUAGCUGCCAUCCUGGGCCCCAGCAUUUGUAUCCUGAAGACUCAUAUAGAUAUCCUGAAUGAUUUCACCCAAGAGGUAAUGAAGGAGUUGAGAAUGCUUGCAGAUCAACAUCAGUUCUUGAUUUUUGAAGACAGGAAAUUUGCAGACAUUGGAAACACAGUGAAACAUCAAUAUGAAGGUGGUGUGUUCAAAAUCGCCUCCUGGUCAGACAUUGUUAAUGCCCAUGUGGUUCCAGGCGCUGGAGUUGUGAAAGGUCUGAAGGAAGUAGGUCUUCCUCUCCAGCGCGGCUGUCUUCUGAUUGCAGAGAUGAGUUCCCAAGGGUCACUUGCAACCAGUGAAUACACAAAAGCUGCAGUACAGAUGGCUGAAGACAACUCAGAUUUCGUUUUUGGAUUCAUAUCUGGAUCUAGAGUUAGUAAUAAACCUGAAUUUCUUCACUUAACUCCAGGAGUGCAGCUGCAAGCUGGAGGUGAUAACCUAGGGCAGAAAUACCUAAGCCCCAAGGAAGUUAUUAGCAAAAAAGGUUCAGAUAUCAUUAUUGUGGGACGUGGCAUCUUGUCAGCUUCAGACCGUCUUCAAGAAGCAGAGAAGUACAGGAAGGCAGCCUGGGAGAGCUACCUAAGCAGACUUGGUGUUCACACAGAAGAUUGAAAGCAGGUCACUUUCCUAGAAAACAGGCAAAGCUGUUGGAUCUGCAAACGUUGUGAGAGUUUCAGUUAAAUACAUGGACACUUCAGCCAGUAGAAAACUGCCCUUGAGGAGAAAAAUCUCUUAGUAGCUAAAUUAGUCUUUGUGCGUGUGAUUGAAAAUAAGUUGUACGAGCCAUGGUUAGGUUUUUUAGUAUUUGAAUGUAUGAAACCAGAACUUCAUGUCCAGUUUUUAGCCUUAAUAGGUUUUCUGUGCUGAAAAAUGUUGUGCGAAACACUCCAAGGAUAUUUGGUUGGCUGUUGUUGCUUUUCUUUCUCCUCCCCACCCUCAAAUUCCUGCUGGCUGUAGAAAUAGUACUGUUCUCAAUAAACUCCAUUUGCAGACCUGACCUGCUGCCCGACUCUCACAGGAUCACUCAGCUCUGCUUUUUCCAAGGAGCAAGUAUGGGUCUUGGUUCUACACUGUGACAUUGAUUAACAUGUUGUUUAAUAAACACUUUUUUGCUACUGCUGUCUUUUCAUUGGAUCUCUUA